GAACUAUUUCUAGACACCAUAGACAUGACCUUCAAUCCAUUAGUAAACCUGUUCAAGGUUUCUGUUCUCUCUAGAGGAGCUUGUUAUCUUGUUGAUAGCAGGUGUUGAUCUCUGAGGAAUGCGAUUGCUACCCUUAGUCAUACAGCGAACCCCAAAAAAGUAAGCGUGUUCCUUCAUCUUAAGAGUCUCACAACACCGUGUCAAUUCUUAUCUAACAACAACCCCUCACUCGUCAUUCACCGCUCACCAAACAUCUCAAUAUCCAACAAAAUGAUCAAACUCGUCGCAUUCGACCUCGAUGGCACUCUCGCAGAGAGCAAGCAGGCAAUCCUCGACUCAAUGGGCGAAGCUCUCGCCGAUCUUUUGAGCGUCGCACACGUCGCAGUCAUUUCAGGUGGCGAUUGGCCUCAGUUUCAGAAACAAGUCGCAAGUCGUCUUCCCGCACGAGCUGAUCUCUCCAAACUCUGGCUCAUGCCUACCACUGGCACAAAACUCUACACGCACAAGGGCGAUGAAUGGAAGGUGGAAUAUGCGGAGCUGUUUAGCGAGGAGCAGAGGAAGAACAUCAUCGAGGCUUUCAACGCUGCUCUUGACGCAACGGGUUUUCAGCCUGAGCAGACUUGGGGCGAGCGCAUUGAAGAUCGGGGCAGUCAGAUCACCUUCUCCGCUCUCGGCCAACAAGCGCCCCCGUCCGCGAAGGAAGUUUGGGAUCCUGACUUUGAGAAGCGAAAGAUUAUCCAAGCAGAUUUGUACAAGCGACUUCCGGAUUUAUCUAUCAACAUGGGUGGAGCGACUUCUAUCGACAUCACGCAGAAGGGUGUUGAUAAGGGCUAUGGGUUGAAGAAGCUCUCGGCGGCGAGUGGGAUUCCGCUGAAGCAGAUUAUGUUUAUUGGAGAUGCAAUCUUUCCGGGUGGAAAUGACUAUCCUGCCAAGGAGCUGGGACUGCAUACGGUGCGAGUGAAGAACCCGGAUGGGACUUUGGCUGCUAUUGCGGCUAUUGUCGCGUGUUUGAGUGAGACUAAUGCUUUCCAUUAAGAUGAGACUCCCAUCAAUGGUAUUUCACGAUUGUGAGUAAAGGGACCUCCUUCCUGCUAUCAAGGAGAUAGACAGAAAAUAUCGUUCAUGUUAGAGGGCAACAGAGAUGAUGAUACAACAAACAACGGAUCCUCCAACUCGGGAGGACUCAAAAUAGUCAUUGUUGAUACAACCCAAUUGAGCAUCGAACCUAAAAUGUGACUCGUUCUUUCACGUGAGCGACAUGACAUGCGUCUUUAUCAUUGUGUCCGAAUUGAACUGGUGCGCACCGAUGCGUAAUAUAACGC